UAUUGAUCAAGGCACUUCAGAACUCACAAAAGCAUCAUCCAAGAUCCAACGAUCUAAUUCCUCUACGGAGGACUGGAGGAGCCAAGUGCAGGUACAAUUGGGGAACACACGCGGCGGCGCACCAUGGAGGCAGGGAGUAUGGAGGGUAACUUAGGGGUGUUGGGGUGGUCCCACUUAUUACUAUCAAGAGUAUAUCCCUCCCCUCCCCUCUGGUUGGGUAUCCGGAAAGGAAAGGCCGAGGAGGUGGAAGCUCUGACGAUGCUGGUAAUACCAACAACACCACCGCUACCACGCCACCAUUCCUUCCUUUUUCCCAACAGAAGUACCUCUCCUACUCCUACUACUACUGGUGGUGAUAGCAGCAAUUCCAGGAGGUGGGGGUGCUCGUGCUCUGCUACUGCUACUGCUCCCAAGUCUCCUCUGCACCACCGCCUCUUCAUGUACAGCAGCAGCAACAACAACAUUCAGAUGAUGAGACUCAGACCUCCUCCUCCUCCUCGCCGUGUCCCUGGAGGCUGUUGCAAAAGAAGAAGACUAGUAUUUUCAUGUAUGGUUACCGACCCAGAUUGUUUCCAAGUAGGCCGGCUUAUUGGUACCUAUGGUUUCAUGAAUAUCACCAGUUACUCAGGCUUGCGAUCCGAAGGGAUGCUGGGCAGUGCUCCCCUCCAGCCUGAAGAUUCUGGAAUAUUUGGGUCUUUCAAAGUUCAGGAUGUCGGUGAAGGCAACUUCCAGAUUAGGCUUUAUCAAGGCAGAAUAUCUCAAGGUCCCUUUCGAGGUACUCCCGUUGUUUUCAAGGUAUAUCCUGGGCAACAAGUUGGUGGCAUUGAAGCUGAUAUGAUGGCUGCAAACGAGCUAAAUGCCCAUGCUUUCCUUCAGAGCAAUCAAAACGAUCCUUGUCAAAAUAUCCAGCUACUUGUUGGAGGAUUUGAGACAAAAACAGGGGAGCAGUGGCUGGCUUUCCGUAAUGAUGGUAUAUAUAGUGCUGCAGACUAUGCUAAAGUUUCAAGUCAGAGUAUGUCGAAAGACCCUGAUCACGGAGACAGUAGGUUUUGGAACCCUUUUGACAAAGACCUAACUCUAAGACGGAGGAGGUAUUUUGUCACUAAGUUGUUCCAGGGUACCAUGAGAGGCUUAGCAUACAUGCAUGACAAUGACAGACUACAUCAGAGUCUUGGACCUUAUUCAGUUGUUCUCAAUACAAUGGUUGAGAAAGAGGCCGCUUACCUCGUUCCGAGGCUUCGGGAUCUUGCCUUUGCAGUUGAUGUAAGGUAUCCCCAGCUAGAAAAUGAUUCUGGGACACUAUCAGAAGGACUUUGGAGACGGGCAUCAGCUGCAGGAGCUUUCACUCCUAUGGAGAAAAGGGCCUUUGGAAUAGCAGAUGACAUAUAUGAAGCCGGACUACUUUUGGCCUACCUAGCUUUCCUUCCAUUUUGUGAAGCUGGAACAGUGGAUAGCCUAUCACUGCAGAGGCUUCUGGAGAACACUUUCCAGCUUGAUCUUGAAGCUACAAGAGAAUACUGUUUAGCUGAUGAUCGAUUGCUGGAAGGUGUCAGGUAUCUGGAUCUUAGGGAUAAUGCUGGUUGGGAAUUACUGCAGGCAAUGCUCAAUCGUGACUUCCGGAAGAGGCCAACUGCAGAAGCGGUAUUGAACCAUCGAUUCUCGUCUGGCUCUAGCCUCUGAGUCCCGUCCGGUGGAGUUUAUGCAGAAAGAAAACAUGUUGUGUACUACUGAGGAGACCAGAGUACCGAAGUUGGAAGAAGGGCAAGGAGGAGAGCGCGAGUCUCUCAAUUUCCUUCUUUUUUGUUCCUCAUCUUGAGGUUGUGUGUCAAAAAAUAUGUCUCUAUCGUUUUGUGAGAAAGUCAUCGUUUGCAGCGACAGCUCGCAACAA